AUGCUCCCGCCGCCCCCGCGCCAGCCGCCGCCCCAGGCGCGCGCGGUCCGCGGGGCGGUGCGCCUGCAGCGGGCCUUCCUGCGCGGCCCGCUGGGCGUGCUGCGGCUGCUCCAGCUGCUGGCCGGCGCCGCCUUCUGGAUCACCAUCGCCACGAGCCGGUACCAGGGCCCCGUGCACUUCGCGCUCUUCGUGUCGGUGCUCUUCUGGCUGCUGACCCUGGGCCUCUACUUCCUCACGCUGCUGGGCAAGCACGAGCUGGUGCCCGUGCUGGGCUCGCGCUGGCUCGUGGUCAACGUGGCGCACGACCUGCUGGCGGCCGCGCUCUACGGCGCCGCGACGGGCAUCAUGAUCUCCCAGACGCAGAGCCACAGCUACUGCAACCUCAAGGAUUACCAGAUGGCCUGCGCCUACCACGCCUUCCUGGCGGCCGCCGUCUGCGGCGGCCUCUGCCUCGGCCUCUACCUGCUCUCGGCGCUCUACGGCUGCUGCCGCCGCUACCAGGGGGAGCAGGAGGUGGCGUGAGCCGCCGCGCCGCGGGGCGGGGACCCUCCCGACACCGACGCCCCCGUCCUUCCUGCCGCCGCCGCCCCGCGCCCGUGCGCCCCGGCACCCACCCGUUGCCCCACGCUCCCGCCGCCGCCCGCGCCCAGGCGCCCUGGCCCUCAGUUCCCGCCCGACGGCCGCGCCGCCGCCCACGCCGUUCGUUUCCAGGGACCCGGGCAAGGCCACGUCCGAGGAGGUGGCCCCCACGCUCAGCCUGGCCGCCCGAAGCGAAACCUCGCGGUUCCUCGUUCCCUUCCCUGCCGAGAGCGAGACGUGUACAGGCGCCGCGUAGAUCCGGGGGAGGCUCCCAAUUGGAACGAGCGUUUGGCUGCGCCACUGCCCCCUCCUUCCCCACCCCGCGGUCGGAAGAGCACCCCCGUUCCCUGGCCCCUCUUCCAGCCUCGAGUGCCGUGAAGGGCAGGCUCGCAGCCGCGGGCGGAGCUGUGGACGGGCCUCCACGGGUCCUGGGACGAGCGAAGAGUUUUCGUUUUCGUUGGGGAUUGUGUGAGCAUCCAGCGCAGUCUGUGCUGUGACGUUGGGGUGGGGCCUGUCUGCAGAGGUGAGGACGGAUUGGAAAGGCCCGCGGGCUGCACCUUUGCACCUUUGGAGUCUUCUCUCCCUCUGCCUGCUCAGCCUUUGUCCUCGCGGUUCUUGGAGGCCAGGCCCAAAUGCACACGACUUUCCCAGGCCUCACCUUACCAGCCUUCCUCUCAGGGGCUUCUACUCCACCCACCCCCCCACCUCCCAGUUUCUUUUUGCCUUAGGGAUCCCACAGGACCGGAAGGAAUGUCAGGGUGAGCCUCACCCCUUGCUCUUGGGAAAGCCGGAAUAAGAUUGGAACCCCGUUGCGGACUCCCAUUAGAACCCUGUUUCCAGACUCCCAGUCCAGCAGUUUACAUUAGAGCAGUGGGUGUUCCCAGGAGCCCUGGCUCAGGAGCUAUCCUCUAAAAGGGGGCUUCACUGCCAAAUGGGUUUCUCAAAGGUGCUAUCUCCUCUUGGAGAUUCACGAGGCUCGUUAGCAUAUCAAAGGUUCUGAGAAGUCCGGCUGUAAAAGAAGCCCAAGUAAUUUAGUUUACAGUGUUAACUGCCUCUGGACCUGGACCAAUUAGUUUUUGCCACCUAAGGCUUCCAAGCAUCCCUGUGCGGGCCUGGCUGUCAUUCAUUCCUAAGGGAUACAACCCACUGGCUACAGUAUGAUUGAAGAUCUGGGGUGCUCCUUUUAUUUACCAGGGAAUUUCUGUAGCUGAGGGAGGGCCUGACCCAGUGAGGGAGAAGAUGGCUGUCCCUGCCAGGCCCCUGAGGGACCUGGGAACUGGUGGAUCUGAACAUUCCUCUACAUUGUUUGCAAAAUGAAGCCAAAGUCAUCCAGGUGGUUUCCAAGUCAAUUGGAGCAUUACCUGUAAGAGAUGCUGGCAUUGACUGUGACCAACUGGCGGGAGUGGGGCACAGUCACCAAAGAGAAGAAAACUCCCAAGCUGGGGUGAACAGCUGGCCCAGCCUCCGUAAGGUUUCCACGUUGCUGAGGCCGUGGAGGUUCCCGUAGCCGGUCAUGCGGUCAUGCGACCUCUCCCCCCGGGCUUGCUUCCCUGGGCAGGGGACGCCUUUCUGGUCUGGGCCAGCAGAGGGCUGCGGAGUGGGGAGAGCCAACGACGACCUCUGCCCAGCAGCUUUCCGCCAACGCUAUCCAGUGGGAGAUCCGGGAUGAGUGAAGAUUCGUUUUACUGUAACACAAGAGAAAUCCUGAUUCUCCUUGUGCUGACUUACUUGGGCACGAGAUUCCAGACACCUGGAACUGAGCCGUGCACCUCUGUGCUCUAAACAGUGGGGUUUGGCUCCAGCUUUUUUC